AUGGAGCCGCUGGAAUAUACGGCCAAAUAUUUCCCCAAUCUAAACCCGACCACUGUCAAAGUUGUGCGGGGCGACACCUUCGACACGGCAGUCACCCUCGAGAAUGCCCGAGAGCUGAUGGGGUGUCAGGAUACGCAGAAGAUCUGCGUUCUCAACUUUGCAAACGCUAAAGAUAUCGGCGGCGGGUGGCUGAAAGGGGCGAUGGCCCAAGAAGAAGAGCUGUGCUAUCGAAGUACCCUCAGUGCCACCCUCAAGGAUUGUUUCUAUCCCCUCGGGGAGCUGGCAGCGGUGUACUCGGCAAACGUCGUCAUCUUCCGCGAGAACUAUGCCAAGAAUCACAGCUUGAUGUGGCACGAGUCUCCGGAGCUGCUCCCGGUUGUCAGCGUUAUCAGCAUGGCCGCGACUGACGGACCGGCGAUAACGGUGGCUGAUGACGGCCAGGAAAAGUACCUGAACACCCUUGACCGAGACGUGAUGAAAGACAAAAUGCGCCUGAUCCUGCGGGUGGCAGGGCAUAGUGGCCAUCGCACGCUGGUCCUCGGGGCAUUUGGAUGCGGUGUCUUCAGGAAUCCCAAGCAUGACGUGGCGCACUGCUGGGCUGAGGUCUUGAAAGAGAGUGAGUUCAAGGGAUGGUGGGAGGUAAUCGUGUUCGCUAUAUUGGAGAAAAAGGCGGAAUCUGUCGAUGGUGCGGAUUUGACGUUGCAAAUAUUCAGGAGUAUAUUGGGUAAUCUUCAGGUCUGA